UGUGAACACUUAUGAGAUAUUAUAAGCUCGACUCCUAACAGAUUGACAGCUCACAAAUCAGAACUCCUAAUGAUGAACUUGGUGGACCAUAUCACGAUUUUAGUUCUGCUUGUUGCACCCUCUUUGUGUUCAGACGUAGUGACUGUUGGAACAAGUUGUGAGAGAGUGAACGGGAGUGUAGUUAAGAUUGGGGGUAGGAAGAUCUAUGAGUUCCAUCAGAUGCCCUACGCUGAGCCUCCAGUUGGGGAUCUGCGGUGGACCCACUCCAAACCAAUCUCCAGGGAGCACUGUGUACCAGGGCGUGUAUAUGAUGCCACCAAGGAAACGAGAACUACUAAUCCAAUAAAGUGUGUUAAUGCCUAUGACGAUGACUACCCCGAGCAAGUUGUCGGAGUAGAGGAUUGCCUGUAUCUGACAGUCCGGUCACCCAGUCUGGAACCUAAUGCUUCACUCCCUGUUCUGGUCUGGAUACACGGGGGUUCUUUGAAGACAGGUUACUCUGAUUAUCCUGGUUAUGCUCCUGACACAGAAUUUACGGACGACCUUCGAGUUGUAACCGUGAAUAUAAACUAUAGGUUAGAGGUCUUCGGCUUCUUCUCAUCGCCAGACAUAUGGGAUGAUCCUGAGAAUCCUGGAAAUUUUGGUAAUUUCGGGAUUGGUGAUGCCAUAACUGCACUGCAAUGGGUUCAAGAAAACAUAGUCAACUUCGGUGGGGACCUCAACUCAGUAACCAUUCUAGGAGAAAGUUCAGGCGGAACAGUAGUUUUAGGCUUACUUGGAUCUGAGAAAGCGGAUGGCCUCUUCCAUAAAGCUAUAUCUCUGUCUGCUCCUCCCCUUUGGAAAGCCAACCCACAGUCGGCAUAUGAGAAAAGAGAAGAUUUUGCUAAAAAAGUUGGCUGCACACAAGGAUCUGCAGGGGGAAGACGUCGUUGCCUGAAGAGUAAACCAGUCCUUGACCUGAUAAGAAAUAGAGAUCUCAAUAGAGGGUGGGGCUUCUAUGAUUUCCCUUAUGCUGACGGAGAGAAAGGAGAGAGCAUGGACUACAAUGUUUUGGACAAUGUCAUUGUGCAAUCCGUACCCUUUAAAUUAGCCUAUAUGCGUAGAAAACAGAAUGUAAAGGUUAUUAUAGGAAACACAGCACAGGAGACAGGAGCUAACGCUAUUGACUACGACACCAACAAAGUUGCUUCAUGGCAAGAAGCAAAAGAUCUUCUCGGACAAAAAAUAGAUAAAUUCCAAUCAGAACGCCCGGACAUUCGUUUGAACAAGUAUAAUCUUCUUCGCUCAAUCAUGAUGGCUUAUGAUUACCGCCGAGUUUCUUCUGACUGGUGGCCUCAGAUCUUCUUUGACACUUUGACCACGGACGUCCGGACAACUUGCCUGAACAAUAUGCUGGUAAAGACUAUGAACUCGAACCGGAACAUUGAUGCGUACCGGCUCUACAUAAAGAGCAGACCGAACGAAAUCAAGUGCGGGACCCCUUGGAGCACCAUUCACGGGUGGGACACUGAAGCCCUGUUUGGGUAUGGCUAUUAUGGACCGUUCAUGGAGAAGACCACCAUAUCAGACGUCCACCAGAAGCAAUUUAAAGAUAACAUGAGGCAGCUUGUAGCCAGCUUCUGCUACGAUCGUAUAUCUGACAGUUGGAACACUGAGACUGCGCUGAUCAUGGAAAAUGAUGGUUUUCCUAAUUCUGUUAGGUUAAGUGACUGGCGGGAUCCUUUUCCGCAGAGUAGCGAAUGCAAGGUCUGGGAAGCUUCCAACCUGCUUAAGUUUGGAUGGCAGAAUUAAACUUUUGGAUACCGAAAUAAAUUCCAAUUUUAAAGAUUAUUUGACAUGAUUUAUAGUUCUUGAAUUUAUUACUGAUUGAUUU